AUGGAAUGAGUCCUUAUACUCACUGAUCUCGACCCAUGGCCGCGCGCAUCCUCAUCCUCGGCAGCGGGGGCCGCGAACAUGCCCUCGCAUGGAAGCUCGCGCAAUCUCCCUCCGUCGAUCAGCUGUAUGUCGCUCCGGGGAACGGGGGGACGGACUCGCUCCCCAAGACUACCAACGUGAACAUUAGUGUGGGGGACUUUCCCCGCCUCGUCGAAUUUGCGCAGAAGAAUGAGAUCACCCUCGUUCUACCUGGACCAGAGCAGCCACUGGUUGAUGGCGUCGAGACAUACUUCCGUAAAGUCGGCAUCCCCGUCUUUGGACCAACCGCCGCGGCCGCCCAGAUGGAGGGCUCCAAGGCAUUCUCAAAAGAUUUCAUGGCGCGCCACAACAUCCCCACCGCCGCCUUCCGCACCUUCACCUCUUCCCAGUUCGAUGAGGCCUCCACCUACGUCAAGACCUGCGGCCACCCCGUCGUCCUGAAGGCCAGCGGCCUCGCCGCAGGCAAGGGCGUCCUCAUCCCCGCCACCACUGAGGAGGCGAUCGAGGGCCUUAAGAGCAUCAUGGUCGACAACGCCUUCGGCAGCGCGGGCAGCGAGGUCGUCGUCGAGGAGCUCCUCACAGGGGACGAGAUCUCCGUCCUCGCGUUCUCGGACGGGUACACGAUCGUGCCCUUGCCCGCCGCGCAGGACCACAAGCGUAUCGGCGAGGGGGAUACGGGGUUGAACACGGGUGGCAUGGGCGCGUAUGCACCUGCGCCGGUCGCGACGCCCGCGGUCAUGGAGCAUAUCAUGCGCGAGUGUCUGCAGCCUACGAUCGCGGGGAUGCGGAAGGACGGGUCCCCCUUCGUGGGCAUGCUCUUCACUGGGUUCAUGCUUACGCCCUCGGGCCCGCGCGUGUUGGAGUACAACGUCCGCUUUGGCGAUCCCGAGACCGAGGCGAUCAUGCUCUUGCUCGAGGACUCCACCGAUCUGGCGUCUAUUUUGCUAGCUUGCGCUGAGCGUCGGCUGGACAGUGUGUCCAUCAACAUCCGUCCAGGCUAUGCCGUCUCUGUUAUCCUUGCCUCGGCUGGCUACCCCGGAAGCUAUCCCAAGGGCAAGACCAUCACCUUCGACGAUACGCCGGAUGCCGUCGUCUUCCACGCUGGGACGAAGAAGCAGGACGGUGCAGUCGUCACCGACGGCGGUCGCGUGCUCGCUGUCACCGCGUAUGGCCAGACGCUCCCCGAAGCCCUUGAGCGCGUAUACGCCGGCGUCGAUAAGGUUAACUUCGACGGCAAGACGUACCGACGUGACAUCGCGCAUCGUGCGCUCAAGGCUGCGAAGGACCAGCCGGAGGGGUUGACGUAUGCGGCGGCUGGUGUGUCCGUUGAGGCGGGCAAUUCGCUGGUGGAGAACAUCAAGGCGUGCGUGCGCUCGACGAGGCGGCCAGGAGCGGACGCUGAGAUCGGCGGCUUUGGCGGCGUGUUCGAUUUGAAGGCGACUGGGUACAGGGACCCGGUGCUUGUCAGCGGUACGGAUGGCGUCGGCACGAAGUUGCGCGUCGCGGUAGACGUUGGCGUGCACGACCUUGUCGGCAUCGACCUCGUGGCCAUGUCCGUCAACGACCUCCUCGUUCAGGGCGCCGAGCCCCUCUUCUUCCUCGACUACUACGGCUGCAGCUCCCUCUCCGUCCCCGUCGCCACCCAAGUCGUCUCCGGCAUCGCCGCGGGCUGCCGCCUCGCCAACUGCGCCCUCGUCGGCGGCGAGACUGCAGAGAUGCCCGGCAUGUACGCUCCGGGCGACUAUGACCUCGCGGGCUUCGCCGUCGGGGCGGUUGAGCGGGAUGCCAUCCUCCCCAAGCCCGAUAUUCAGCCUGGUGAUGUGCUGCUGGGUCUGAGCUCGUCGGGCCCGCACUCGAAUGGGUUCUCGUUGAUUAGGAAGGUGGUGGAGCGGGCAGGCGUGGCGUAUGGCGCGCCGGCGCCGUGGGAUGGAACAACGACGCUGGGGAGCGCGUUGUUGACGCCGACGCGAAUUUAUGUCCGCCAGGUCCUGCCGGUCGCGCAGAAGGGGCUACUGAAGGGCAUGUCGCACAUCACCGGCGGCGGCUUCAUCGAGAACGUCCCGCGCGUGCUGCCGAAGGGCACUGGCGCUGCGAUCGACGCUGCGGCGUGGCCUUUGCCGCCUGUAUUCCGCUGGCUCAUGCAGGCAGGGAACAUUGCGCCCCUCGAGAUGGCGCGCACGUUCAACUGCGGUAUCGGGCUGGUGCUCGUGGUUGCGCCUGAGCAGGUUGAGGCGGCGACGGCGGCGCUGGCUGGCGGAGAGGCCACCGUGUAUCGCAUCGGGGAGGUGACCGCCACGCCGGGCGUCGAGAUGCGCAACCUGGAGUCGUGGUCCUCAUAGCCGUACCGUGGUUGCGACAAAAAAGUCCAAACCAGAUCUAUGUAUUUCUAACUUGCCGAGAGUCGUGUUGUAUCUGUGCUAAAAAAUCGUGUAGCUUUCGACGAAUCGUGUACUUUUUCCAUGAAUCGUGAGCAGAGGUCGGUGCUUCGCAUCGCAAUGUGGUCCCGCUAUAUACAGGGUGUACAUGGUGUUAUACAAUUCUCGUGAAUCGCAGAAACGAGUGUAGAAGGGG